CAAUCACUUGGUGGUACUCAGGUGGACCAAGCAAUGUAGCAAGAGAAAAGCAAGAAAUCCCUAAAUCAGAGAAUUUUUUAAAAUAGUUUACUUCUCUCCAAGGCAUACUUCCUGCAUAUUAUCAAAACAUGUGGAACUGUCUCAGGACUACCACAAUCACAUAAUCAAUUUGAAUGUUUCCCUACUAUCUGCAGACAUUUGUUUAAUCCACAAUGGCCAUGUUUCCUUCACUUGCGCCCGUUCCUUUCGUCUAGUUCUGCCCAUCAAAAAUGUCAAAAAUUGACAGGAUGGGCAUCCUUGGGGUGAGGAGCUUUGGGAUUGAGGAUAAAGACAGACAAGUAAUCUCUUUUUUUACUCCUUUGACUGUGCUGGUUGGACCUAAUGGAGCAGGGAAAACGACUAUCAUUGAGUGCCUUAAGUAUGCAACAUCAGGGGAACUUCCUCCUGGAUCUAAAGGAGCUGCAUUUGUUCAUGAUCCAAAGGAUGCCCAUGAGACAGAUGUGCGAGCACAGAUUAAACUCUUAUUCACGGAUGUUAACGGAGAGAAAGUGACCAUCCAACGCUCCAUGUGCUGUACUCAGAAGGCAAAGAGCUACACCUUCAAAAGCUUAGAGCAGGUCAUCACCAGAAUGAAAGAUGGUCAAAAGCUGAGCUUGUCAUCUAAGUGUGGUGAACUGGACAGAGAGAUGAUUUCUUCAUUGGGUGUAUCGAAGCCUGUGCUGAAUCAUGUCAUCUUCUGCCACCAAGAAGAGUCUAACUGGCCACUCAGUGAAGGCAAAGCACUCAAAGACAAGUUUGACUCCAUUUUCGCUGCAACCAAGUAUAUAAAAGCUCUGGACACGAUGCGUCAGCUGCGUCUCGCGCAGAGCCAGACAGUCAGAGAGUGUCAGGUAGAGCUGCGCUACCUGAAGCAGAACAAGGAGAAGGCCCAGCAGAUAAGAGAAACAGUGGCUACCAAGGAGGCUCAGCUGAUGGCCUCUAAAGACAGCGUCCAGAAAAUAGAGAGUCAGAUUAAUCCAUUGGAGAAUCAGCUGCUCACUAUUGACACGAAACUUGUAAAAGUGAUGAAGCUGGACAGUGAGGUCAAGGCUUUAGAGAGCAGGAAGAAGCAGAUGGAGGAGGACAACAGGGAGCUGGAGGAAACAAUGGAACAGGUGUUCCAGGGUUCAGACGAGCAGCUGCAGGAGAUUUACCAGAACCACCAAAGGACGGUGAGGGAGAAGGAACGGAGGCUGACAGACUGCCAGAAGGAGUUGGAGAGAGCAGACCGGGACUGUCAGAGACUGAAUAGAGUCAGGGCAGAGCUCCUGGUAGAACAAGGUCGUCUUCAAACGGAGGCUGACCGUCAUACACAAAACAUCAAGAACCGUGACGCUCAGGUUCGCUCGUUGUCAACCUAUCUGGAGCUGGAGGGCUAUGACAGACCACCCUUCGCCACUCUGCAGCUUGAAAGCUUUCACCAUCUUGUCACUCAGAGACUGGAGCAAGAAAAAGAUGCAGUCAAUCAGGUUUUGACGGACCUGCAUGAUAAAGAGCAACAGAAGCAGCAGUCCAUUGAUGAAAUGAGGGAUAAGAAGACUGGCCUGGAGAGAACAGUAGAGCUUAAGAAAGACCUGCAGGGAAGGAGACAGCAGGAUCUGAGGAAUGUCAAAGCAGAGCUGCAGAGACUAGAGUGUUCGUCUAGUCGCCUGCAGGAGCUGGAGAAUGAAUUGGCUAAAGCGGAGCGUGACUUGCAGAGCACAAUGCAGAAAUCCACCGUGGAUGAUCUGAAGGCUGAGGUCGUGGAGCUCCAGAAAGAAAAGGCUGAACUUGACCGUGUACAGAGACGACUCGACCAGGAGAUGGAGAUGCUCAACACACACACCGCUGCACGCACGCAAAUGGAGAUGCUGAAAAAAGACAAGACAGAAAAGGAGGAGCAGAUACGCAGGAUCAAGUCUCGUCACAGUGAAGAUCUUGUGUCAUUAUUGGGCCACUUCCCCAACAAGAGAGAGCUGGAGGAUUGGCUCUAUGCCAAGUCUAAGGAAAUCAACAGUACCAGGGAACGACUUGCCAAACUCAAUAAGGACUUAGCAUCAAAUGAGCAAAAUAAAAGCCACAUUGCUGCUGAGCUGCGUAAGAACGAGCAGCAGUUAGCCAGAGAACAAGAGAGGUUCUUCAGUGUGUGUGGCAGUCAGGAUCUGGAGCAGGACCUGUCGAAACUGCAGGAAGAUCUGGAGAAGACAUCUAAACAAAGAGCCAUGCUAGCUGGUGCCACGGCAGUGUACACUCAGUUCAUCAGCCAGCUCACAGAGCAGAGAGAGCCCUGCUGCCCUGUGUGUCAGCGUACAUUUCCUUCAGAGUCUGAUCUGCAGGAAGUUAUCAGUGACAUGCAGUCCAAACUACGCCUGGUGCCAGACAGGCUAAAAAACACUGAGCAGGAUCUGAAGAAGAAAGAGAGGAAGAGGGAUGAGAUGUUGGCUCUCAAACCUGUCAGACUGGCAAUUGAACAGUUGCAGGAAAAGGAGGUGCCUGAGCUGAAAAACCGUCUACACACAGUGAACAGAGAAAUCGAGAGACUGAAGGAUGAUUUGGAGGAGCAGGAGACUCUGCUCAGUACUCUGAUGUCAGAGGAUGAAACAGUCAAAGCCUGCCAACAAGACAUUUCUCUCAUGGACAGAUACCUGAUGGACCUUAAAGAGGUGGACAGGAAAAUAGCUCAACAGGAAGCCAAACUCCAGGGGGUAGACCUGACCAGAACCAUCCAGCAAGUCAGUCAGGAGAAACAAGAAACUCAACUCAAGAUAGACACCACCUCCAGCAAGAUGGAGCUCAAACGUAAGCUGAUUCAGGACCAGCAGGAGCAGAUUCAGGCACUGAAAAGUGCCGUGAAUGAGACGAGAGCUGAGAAGCUCCAGCUGAGCAGUGAUCUGCAGAAGCAGCAGCAGCUGGCGGAGCAGUGUGUCGAGUUCACCGCUGAGAUACAGGCUUUAACCAGAGACAUCAGGGAAGCAAAGGAACAGCUGUCCCCUUUGUCUGCUGCUUUAGAGAAGCUGCAGCAAGAGAAGCAGGAGCUGAUGGUGCGCAAGAGGGAGAGGCAGGAAGAAGGACAGGAGAAGAUCGGUGCUAUAAAAGAGAGAGUGAAGGUUAUCACCACGCUGGAAAAAGACAUCAACAAAUACACAGAUGAGGGCAAAGAUGAGUACAAAGAGCAAAAAGAGUCUGAGCUUCAAGAAACUAAUACUCAUCUACAUGAGGCUGAGAAGCAUAAAGAGAAGAUCAACAAGGAGAUUGGAAACAUUCGCCAGGACAUAGAUACCCAAAAGGUCCAGGAGCGUUGGUUGCAGGACAACCUGACGUUGAGGAAGCGUGUUGAGGAGUUGAAGGAGGUUAUGGCUCAACAUGAGGCUCGUUCAAAAGAAAUGGGCAAUAUGCAAGUGUUGCAGCUGCGCCGAGAACGACGUGAGGCAGAACACAAGUUAGAAGAACUGAAGAAGAGCCGCAGCAUUGCACUGGGUCGUCAGGGAGGUUUUGAGGAGGAGAUACUCCAAUACAGAAAAGAGCUGCGAGAAGAUCAGUAUGACAAAGCUGAUGAGCGCUACAGAAACAAGAUGAUCAUAAUGAGGACCACAGAGCUGGUCAUUAAAGAUCUGGAUCUCUACUACAAGGCCCUUGAUCAAACAAUCAUGAAAUUCCACAGCAUGAAAAUGGAUGAGAUCAACAAGAUUAUCAGAGACCUGUGGCGGAGCACCUACAGGGGUCAAGACAUUGAGUAUGUGGAGAUCAGGUCUGAUAUGGAUGAGAAUGCAUCUGCGGGAGCAAGGCGUAGGGUUUACAACUACAGAGUAGUUAUGGUGAAAGGAGACACAGCUCUGGAUAUGAGAGGACGCUGCAGUGCUGGUCAGAAGGUGUUGGCAUCCCUGAUCAUCCGUCUCGCUCUGGCAGAGACCUUCUGCCUAAACUGUGGGAUCCUGGCCCUGGAUGAGCCCACCACCAACCUGGACCGGGAGAACAUUGAGUCACUGGCACACGCCCUUGUAGAAAUCAUUAAGAGUCGCUCUCGCCAGCGUAACUUCCAGCUGCUGAUCAUCACCCACGAUGAGGACUUCGUGGAGCUGCUGGGGCGCUCCAGCUACAUUGAGCACUUCUAUCGCAUCCGUAAGAACCAGGACCAGAACUCUGAAAUCGCAAAGUGCAGCAUCAGCUCCCUCUCCUCCUAUGUCCACUGAGCAGACAACUGACUAUUUAAAUCCUGGAAAUACACAGUAAACCUUGAUAUUUAGGUUGGGCAAAGUUCAUGCUCAGUUCAUUGAGUUCAAAAGAAGUUCAAAUGUCUUCAGGGUUUCUGGGGCAUAAAGAAAAUUACUUUCUAGUCAGUCCUUGUGUUACUAGCUGGAAAGUUAGAUGCUCUGCACGCUACUUAAGCUAUGCACGCCAAAGAGUCAAAUACCCAUAAUUCAAAAUAGAAUAUUUCAAUUUGCAAUGCAUUCAUCAGUUCAACAAGGGCAAAUUCUGUACCAUGUUUUUCUCCAUCCAGCUGGAAAACGUUUCAAGGAACUCUCUGGAAGCGUACUGUGUUUCUAAUACUCCUUUGAAAGUCACAGCUCAGUAACUCAGACUUCAUCAUCACAUCCUGUAUGUCACCUAGAAAGUAGUAGGUGAGGUGCCUUUGAAAAACCCAUACAUUCAGAGGUCAUAAAAACACAGAAUCUAGGGCAGACUGGGUGAUCUGAUUAACUCUGAUGUGUGUGUAAUUCUGUUUAUAGAUAUUAAAUAUUUAAAAUGUCUUAAUUGUUCUUGAAGUGUUUAAUGGAUCAGGAUGGUUUUAUAUUUUCAUGUGAACUACAUGGAUGCCUUCAGUCUUUACAAAGUGUCCAUGGCUAUCACAUGACCGGCAGCGGCAACAGAAGAACCUGUGGUGUAACAUUAUGGAUUACAGUUGUAUUUUUCAUCUAUGUGAAGGA